AGUUCUAGUAAAAGUAAAUUACGAUACGUACAUGUGUAUAUAUAUAUAACGUAUGUACAAGUCGUUACCUCGAUCUGUCAGGUUGACAGUGAAAGUAUGUGCUUGUGUUCUUUUCAAUAUUAAACUUGAUAUCUUUUAAAUGAUUCUAAAGUGGCAAUAGUGUGCGUUAGGGAAAUAUGAUACUUGCAUAUCGUUCAUUUCAUCGCGAAUCUUAUUUAAAAGUCUUUCAAGUUUCUUCGAAUUGCAAUCAUUAACCAUAAAUUUACAUUUUAUCCGAGUGUCUUCCAUCAUGACUUCUUAUAAUAGGAACGUACCAGGUGUAUCAGGAAAUGGUUUCAAUUGUUGGGUACAGAGGACCAAUAUGCAUGAUGAUUCUGCCAUCACAAAAAUGCAACAUCAGUUCUGGGUCACAAAGCAGACUCUAUCGCGAAAGUUAGGAAAAAAGGAAGACGAAUGUAUAGUAGCAUCCGAUGCAGAGUUAGAUGCGAAACUAGAAUUGUUUCGUAGCAUACAAGAAUCUUGUUCUUACUUGCAGAGAGUAAUUGACAAAUAUCAGGAAAGAUUAUGCAAUCUUGCGCAAGAAGAGAAUGCAAUGGGAAGGUUUCUCAAAGAUGCUGGUAAACAAGAUAAAACUAGAGCUGGCAAAAUGAUGUCGGCAGUUGGAAAAUCACUGUCUUAUUCUAGUCAACAAAGACUUGCUCUAAGAGCUCCAUUAGGUCGAUUGUAUCAAGAAGUAGAAACUUUUAGACAGAGAGCUAUUGAAGAUACGCUACAGAAUGUCCAGGCAAUGGAAAAAGCUCGUACAGAAUAUAGAGCAGCAUUAUUAUGGAUGAAAAAUGUUUCUCAGGAAUUGGACCCCGAUACAACAAAACAAUUGGAAAAAUUUCGCAAAGUACAAACACGUGUCAGAUUGGGCAAAGUGGCAUUUGAUAACUUAGCCUUAGAUUGUCUCCAAAAAGUAGAUCUUCUAGCAGCUGCAAGAUGCAAUAUGUUCAGCCAUGCUUUAGUUUUAUACCAAAGCACACUUUUAAAUUUCACCAAAAAAUCAGCACAAGCAUACUCAACAAUUGCAACAAGUUUCAAAGGAUAUCAGCGAUAUGAUUUCAUGGUUGUAAGAGAACUCGCUGAGACAUCUACUAAAUUGGCUCAAGAAACUGGUGGAGACGACGAUCCUGAUGACAAAGACAAAUUACCAUUUUUUGACAUGGACUAUCAUGAUAGCAUAGAAGAAGCUGAAGAAGUAAAACCGGCCACAGAAAAUACAAAUGACAACAAACAAGAUGAAAAACUACUGGACAUCGAGGGUGACACAAAAGAUAUACUUGAAUUGGAUGGAUUAGAAACAAGUUCUGGUUCUUCAAAGAAUGGAAUCGUUCAGUUAGAUUCUAAUACAGAGCGUAAGGAGGAUCUUCAUCAACUUUUCGACAACUUAAUUUUAGACAACAAUGUGUCACAACCUGGUAACAAUACACAAGAGGAAAAUCAAUUGAAACUAGAAAAAAGUUUGGAGAAAAAAGAUCUGGAAUUGGAUAUAUUUGAUAAAUCUGAUACGAAUUUCGAUCUGAGUACUUUGUGCUCCUUAGAAUCACAAGAUCAAGGAGAACAAUCGUUACAAUCUCUUACCUCUGAAAACUUGGCUCUCUUAAAUGAUAUACUUGGUGAUAAACAAAACAUUGGUAACGAAUGGGAUGCAAUAGCCACCGAUACGUUUUUACCGCCCAAUAUCCUAAAACAAAGUUUAGGUGAUGCAGCACUUGGCAUAGGUCAGACAACCAUGCCCACAAACAGCAUGGAUGACAAAAAGAAAAAUAAAUCGCAGAAGACUGGAAAACAAAAAGGAAAUUCUUGGUUGGAUUUGUUCGCUGAAUUGGAUCCAUUGGCUAGCAAUCCAAUGGAAAAGCUUUCCAGUGAUAGUAACGCAUCCGCUUAAAUUUUUUAAAAGCACUUACAUUCUAUUACCGUGAUACAUGAAUAGUUGCAGUUCGCAGCAACAUUCGGAAGAGACGAUGAUUUUAUUUUUUAUCAAAUAAGAUGAUAUUAGGAGCAUUAUACCACUCCGAACAUUUACAUUAAUAUUUCGUACUUAUUAUUUGAAACUUAACAUUCCUGGUGUGUUAGAUUUGAUAAGGAUAAUAAGAAAGAAAAGUAUGCUGAUAAGAAUCAAAAGUAUUUCAAUUUCGUAAGUAUCUUUUCAAGCUGUGUACCAAAGAUGUAAAAUCUGAUAGUUUGUAAAAGUGUGCUAGUCAAAUACUUCUUUUAAAUACAUUACAAAUAUUGCUUCAUGAUAAGAAAUAGAGUUAUCAACUUUCCUACUUAUAUUUAUAAUAAAAUAUAAUCGUUGAAGUUAAAAGUAUAUAUCAUACAAAUAUUUGUAAUUUGUUAUUACUUCACGAUUCAAAUCUUUCUUCAUACGAUCACUUUUGAUAUCAUUGUCAUCAUCGGGCGACUCGUGUUUUGAAAAUUUGUGAAGUAAUUAAUUAUAUGUGCUACAUACAUUUUUGUUCCUUUUAAAUAUACAGAAACGUUCAAUACCGUUUUCUUAUUUAAAUUAAAAAAUACAUACAAUAUAAACAGAUUACAUCGUCGGGGAUUAUCGUUUUUGUAUUUUUUUUCUAUAUAAAUAUAAAAUGCUUAUGCAUUAACAUAGUACAGGAUCACAGAGUUAACACCAAAAUAUAAUUGUAUUUCAAGUAUAAAAGAACUCUAAAUCAAAACCUAAUUUGCGUCAGUAAUGUGUUUUGCAGUUUAGGCAUCAUAGAAUUGUGCCAUGCAAGUUCUGACCCUGAAAUGAAAACAAUCAGAAGUCGUUAAAGAGUAAAUAUUUUCAUAAAAAUGGAUUACUCUACUGUAAUCUCACGGAACAAUCAACCCACAAUCACAUUUAAAGGAUGAAGAAAAGAUAUAAAACUGAAUAAUAGCCUCUAGACUUACUUAUCGAAUAAUUGAAGUUCCUUGGUAUGCCGCAAUUGUUGUAAAAUACGAUAAAAGCCUAAUUCCCUUAAACGUGCUUGCCGCUGCGCAGCUCCAGGUUCUUCUUUCCAGACUAGGUUGCACACACACAGCACAGCUGCAACUUGCAGCUUUAUAUUGUUAUGCAUCUAAAUAUCAAUAUCAAAAUAUCUAUAAACUGGUAUUGUCGUUUCAAUUUACUGUUAAUUAAUUAUAACUUUCUAACGAAGUAUUUUAAUCUAGAAGCUAUAGUCUCUAAAAUGUGUACCUAAAACAGUUAUAUUGUUUUGAAACCUGGAAGACAAUUUUGGCACUCAGUUUUCCAAAUAUAGUCAUUUUUUUCAUUUACAGUCUUUUUACUUAAUUCUAGUACCGAUUCGAAUUCCUUUCAACAAUGGUAGAUACUUGCUUUUUUCGCGGAUGUAUCAGAUUCCUUAUUGCAAGCUCAGAUUUUGUUAAAACAUAAACGAAAGUGUACACAAAAGUCCAAUGGGAAAGGUUUUCUAGACUAGAAUACUGAUUAAGUUACAGAAAGCCCAGAAAUCACUAAAACAAUGUUACACUAUUCUAAUAAAGAAAAAGGUUGAAAAUAAAAGCUUAAA